CAGCAAAAUCAUUAUAUUUUUUAACAACCUUUGAUUUAUUAUUCUUAAUUUAUAAAUUUUAUUAAUUGAUUACUAGAAGCCAGCGUUUAAGAAUAAUUAAUCAGUUUUUUUCCUAACAUUUUACAAUACAGUAAAAAAUGGGAUCAGGAGCCCCCCGUGGAAUCAGAGCUGCCAGGAAGCUCCGUAACCGCAGAAGAAAACAGAGAUGGGCAGAUAAAGCAUAUAAAAAAGCUAACUUGGGAACACGUUGGAAGUGUAACCCAUUCAAAGGUAGUUCUCAUGCCAAGGGUAUAGUUGUUGAAAAAAUCGCCAUCGAGGCAAAACAGCCAAACUCUGCAUAUCGUAAGAGCGUACGUGUUCAAUUGAUUAAAAAUGGUAAAAAAAUAACUGCUUUCGUCCCAAGAGACGGUUGCCUGAACUUCAUUGAUGAAAACGAUGAAGUACUUGUCUCAGGGUUUGGACGUUCAGGACACUCAGUUGGUGAUCUUCCUGGUGUCCGUUUUAAGGUGGUUAAGGUCUCAGGAGUAUCUUUACUCGCUCUGUACAAGGAAAAGAAGGAAAAACCAAGAUCAUAAUCUCUAAUUUCUUUCACAUAUAAA